CUCUGGGAACCAGUAUCUCCUUUUUUCAGUCUCUGAGCUUUUUAAAAAAGAGCCAGAAGCUUCAAUGUUGGAUGCCGUGCUAUGACAACGUCACUGCUCCUCCGUCCGCGCUGGGUCGACCCGUCGGUGAUGUUCCUCUACGACAACAGCGGCGGUUCCGAUGAAGUGAGCAAGAACAUGGACGGUUUUGCUGGUGGCAACUUUGCUGCGAGCCAGUGUAGGAAUCUGAUGGCGCACCCCGCGUCCCUGGCACCCAGCACGGCUUACUCGUCCAGCGAAGUGCCCACCUCCGGAAUGGGAGAGCCUGUGAAGCAGUGCAGCCCCUGCUCUGCAGCUCAGAAUUCAUCCAGCGCGUCCCUGCCUUAUGGCUACUUCGGUAGCGGCUAUUACCCGUGCAGAAUGUCGCAUCACAGCAGCAUUAAGUCGUGCGGAGCGCAGCCACCCUCCGCGUAUGGAGAGAAAUACAUGGACACGUCUGCCUCAGGCGACGACUUCACUUCUCGGGCAAAGGAAUUCGCUUUUUAUCCGACCUACCCUUCAGGCCCAUACCAACCUGUUCCAAGCUACCUGGACGUACCCGUGGUGCCAACUAUCAGUGCGUCCUCAGAGGCCAGGCACGAGUCGCUGCUGCCCAUGGAGAGCUACCAGCCGUGGACUCUCGCCGCCAACGGCUGGAACGGACAGGUCUACUGCGCCAAGGAGCAGCCGCAGCCCGGGCACAUGUGGAAGUCCUCCAUACAAGACGCGGUGUCCCACUCAGGGGGAGACUCUGCCUCUUAUCGACGUGGAAGAAAGAAGCGCGUGCCAUACACCAAGGUGCAACUGAAGGAACUCGAGCGCGAGUACGCAGCCAAUAAAUUUAUCACGAAGGACAAACGGAGGAGGAUAUCAGCCCAGACCAACCUGUCCGAGCGGCAGGUCACGAUAUGGUUUCAGAACAGACGCGUAAAAGAGAAGAAAGUUGUAAACAAAUUAAAAACCAUCAGCUAGUUGUUUGAUUCCGGACUCUUAUCUGUGGGAGAUAAACUACUACACAUCCAACACUCCUUCCUUCUCUGACUGAACAUGAUUUAUUUGUAUGGUGCCAAAUGACUUCCCGGAUCUUCUGGAUCAAAACCUGAGGCCUCUGAUGAAAGGUGGACCCUGCCACUUGUUGUUAAAUAUUGUUUCAGGAUUCAAGUGGAAAAAAAGGACAAAAUAUAUCUGAUGUUGACUUUUUUUCUGGCAUGCUCAUUCACAUCACAGGGGGAGAGAAAAUGACCCCAGCUCAGACAUUUUGCGCCACCGAGCUACGCCUUUAUCUGCAUCUUUUUAACGACAGUGAUAAACGAGAAGAUUCACAGGAAGUGACGGAUUUGGACCUUGGAAAUGUUAAAUAUUAAUCUCUCCUGGCUUCCUUAUUUUUUUUUUUUUUUUUUUAAACCUGCUCACGUGCUUUGCUUGUAUGAAGUUUUGUCUAAUCAUAUGAAUCCGUGCUCUUUCAUUCAUAUUCACUCCAUCCAUGGUGCAAUCCUUCUUAUGAUAAUGCUUAGAUAAUCGUUCGGGAUAUGUGUUCAUAUCGAUCAUAGCUUUUAUAAUGUGUGCGUAUUCAUGUGGUUGUAUAUAAAGUAAGUUCCGGCAUGAUAUCAGGAUGUUUGUGUGUGAGUCCAGUAUGUCGGUGUCAAAGUCCGCCCUAAUAAAAGAUGGACCUGGUUGAAUUUUAUCCAAGUUUGUUAAAAUUGAUUUUAAAAUGACAUUUUUGAGGUCACGGAUUUACGCAGUAGAGCCAUUUAUUCUCUAGCACCCAUAGAGUAAAGCCACGUCUAAAUAAAGAGUAUAAAUCCAGAGUAAAGCCUACACACUGCGUAAUCUAUACACUUGAAUUGAAGGUGUGCAUUUCUAAUUAUUUCAUUGUUGCUGCUGUUCCUACACAGAAGGCCUUCCUACUCUCCAUGCGUAAGGGAAACCACACAUGUACAUACCAAUUUUAUUUUGAAAUAGCUUAUGCUGAGAUUUUAUUUUAUUUUAUAUAUAUUUUUUUUUAAUCAACCUCGAAAAAUUGUACUUUAAAUUUCAAUCAAGCGCAGUGUGUAGAAAAGCUCUGUUUAUGCCUGAGAAAUGAAGAAAUAACCCAGUGCAGCGUGCCUGCUCGGAAAUGUAGUCUGACAUCGCCAUCUAGCGGUGACGCUGCGUCAUAACCCAAACUGCCUUAAUGCAAAGCUCUG